GCGCGCAGGAGGCGGCGUGCGGGGGGCACCGGGCACCGCCACCGCCCCGGCCCGCGCCGCGCCCGCCCGCUCCGCCCGACCGGCCGCCAUGCCCGGCUCCAUCUACCAGCCCGAGGGCGGACAGCCCGCCCGCGGCCCGCCGCGCUGCCUGGCGCUGCUCAGCCCGCCGCCCCCCGCCGGGCAGGAGCCGCCGCCGCCGGAGCCCGAGCCCGGGCGGGAGCGGGAGGGGCCGCCGGGGCUGCGGGCGGCGGAGGCGGGCGGUGCGGGGCCGGAGGAGCCGGCGGCGGGAGGCGCGGGGGGCGGCGGCCUGCAGGCGCGGGAGCGCGGCGGCGGGUCCCCCCCGGCAGCCGGAGCCGCCUCCCCCCCGGCCGCCUUCGGGAACUUCGCCCCGCACCUGGCGGCCCCCGCCGCGCUGCUGGCCGAGCCGCUGGGCAGCAGGAAGAAGAGCGUGAACAUGACCGAGUGCGUGCCCGUGCCCAGCUCCGAGCACGUCGCCGAGAUCGUGGGCCGGCAAGGCUGCAAAAUCAAAGCCCUACGUGCCAAGACCAACACGUACAUCAAGACGCCGGUCAGGGGCGAGGAGCCCGUCUUCAUCGUGACCGGGAGGAAGGAGGACGUGGAGAUGGCGAAGAGGGAGAUCCUCUCGGCCGCCGAACACUUCUCCAUGAUCCGGGCGACACGCAACAAAGUGAACGGGCUGACGGGAGCGAUGCAGGGACCCCCCAACCUGCCGGGACAGACCACCAUCCAGGUGAGGGUCCCGUACCGGGUGGUGGGGCUGGUGGUGGGGCCCAAAGGAGCCACCAUCAAGCGGAUCCAGCAGCAGACUCACACCUACAUCGUGACGCCCAGCCGGGACAAGGAGCCCGUCUUUGAGGUGACGGGCAUGCCCGAGAACGUGGACCGGGCCCGGGAGGAGAUCGAGGCACACAUCACCAUGCGGACAGGCUCCUUCAUCGACGUCAAUGCCGACAAUGACUUCCACUCCAACGGCACCGACGUCUGCCUGGACCUGCAGGGCAGCACGUCCAGCCUGUGGGCCAAGGCCCCCCACCCUGCCCGCCGCCCCACGGGCGCCCUGCGCAACGACAGCCUGAGCUCGCUGGGCAGCACCUCCACCGAGUCCUUCUACAGCGGGCGGGUGCCCGACGCCAGCCCCACCAGCCCCUACAGCACCAGCAGCGGCUUCACCUUCAGCGAGGCCCCGGCCCCGCUGGCCUCCGAGGAGUGCGACUUCGGCUUCGACUUCUUGGCCCUCGACCUGACGACGCCCACCACCAUCUGGUCACCCUUCGAGCGCUCGGGCAACCCCCUGCAAGCCUUCAGCAGCUGCUCCUCCAUCAGCGGCUCGCAGAGGCGCAGCAGCAGCACGGCCACCCCCCGCCACUCGCCCACCCUCCCCGAGAGCGGCAGCUUGGACCACCCCCUGGCCCGUCGCAUCCAGAGCGACCCCGUCAGCACCUUGUCCUGGUUGCCCACCCAGGGUUCGCUCUCCUCCUUCUCCAACAGCACCGGCUACUCCUCCUCUUCCUCCCUUCCCGGCAGCGUUUCGGCCACCUCGGGUUCUCCCACCGACUCCAGCAGCUCGGAGGGGCAGCGCAAGAGCUCCCGGGAGUGCAUGGUGUGUUUUGAGAGCGAGGUGAUCGCCGCCCUGGUGCCCUGUGGCCACAACCUCUUCUGCAUGGAGUGCGCCAUGCGCAUCUGCGGCAAGGCCGAGCCCCAGUGCCCCGCCUGCCACGCGCCCGCCACCCAAGCCAUCCACAUCUUCUCCUAGCCCGGCGCAGCUCGCCGGGGCGGCCGCUCCUUCCCUCCUCCACCCCAACACACACACACACAGAGUUUUAAGGAUUUUAAAACUGUUCAAAUCAACAUUUUUAUUUAAUAACAGAUCCAAUGGGUGCACGGGGGU